AAAAAAGAAACAUUUCUCAGAAUACACUUUUUCAUGAGACAUUAGGAAUACGAAUAUUACUACAGAUCUCUGAUCAGCUUCAGACUUCAUCUCUUACCAUACCAAGAACAGAGACUUUCAGUUUAAAGUAUAGGUCUGGCCUACCACUGGAUCCUUUUGGAACAGCAAAUCUGGUGCUUGAUGCAGUUGGGAGAGGCUCCAUGACAUCUCCUGCCAGCUCUGGCUCACUGUCUUGCUCAGAACCAGAGGUCUCUGUUACAUGCCUUGAUCAAUCUAUAACACAAGAACCAUUCGUGUAUCUACAGUACAACAAGAACACACAUGAACCAACAUUUUAAAGGUCCAAACCUGUAUCUUCUUCUGCAGAACACAAAAGUAGAUAUUUUGAAGCAUGUUGAUCAAAUUUCGUACUAUAGAAAAAAAAAAAAUGCAAUUGAUGUUGACGGGAACCCAAAAAUAUUUGGUUACCAACAUGCUUUAAAAUAUCUUCUUUUGGUCAUACAGGUUUGGAAUGACAUGAUGGUGAGCAAAAGAUGACUGAAUUUUAAUUUUGGGGGGACUAUCCUUUUAAUCUGUUAAGUCAUCUCAACUUAAAAUCUUGAACUUGGCAUGUGACUGACUGACUGUCUGUGUCUGGAGGAUGCUCUGAUCUGUUGGUGAUCCAGAAGUCUGACCACACUGACUCUGACUAGCCUCAGCCCUGGCAUCAGAGCCCAUUGAAGUGGCAGCUCUAGGAAGACCUCUGUUUCCUGGUAUGCUGUAUGACUGCCGCAAGGAUACCUUCAUUCCAGGUGUUACUCUGUGGAAUAAGAAGUCACUGAGUGAAGAUUUGGACACUCGUUCACAGCUCAUGACAGAUUUGAAGUUCAGUAGCUCAGACUCUCUCUCUAAUAAGUCCAGUCUCCUGGAUGUAAGUGCUUCCCUGAAGGCCAGCUUCUUAGGAGGACUGGUGGAGGUGGGAGGAUCUGCCAAGUUCCUGCGUGACACCAAAUCUUCAAACCAACAGUCCAGAGUUACAAUGUAUUACAAACAAACCACCAGAUUCGAACAGCUCACAAUGACUCAGCUGGGCCAGAUCACCUACCCUCAGGUGUUUGAGCAGAAAACUGCAACUCAUGUGGUCACUGGUGUACUAUAUGGAGCUCAGGCCUUCAUGGUGUUUGAUCUCACAUUUUCAGAAGAGGAAAACAAGCAGGAGAUUGAGGGAAAACUAGAUGCCAAGGUCAAGAAAAUCCCUGGAUUUUUCACUGAGGGAAAAGGUGCUUUAAACAUGACAGAUAUUGAUAAGGAAAUGACUGAGAGCAUCACCUGCACAUUUUAUGGUGACGUCCGCCUUGAUCAGAACCCCACCACUUACAUGGAGGCCCUAGAGGUGUACAAGAAGCUCCCCAAUAUACUGAAGGAGAAUCCAGAAAAUGCAGUUCCAAUAAAAGUCUGGCUCUAUCCUCUUUCUCUACUGGAUACAAAAGCGGCUCAGUUGGUGAGAGAAAUUAGCACAAGUCUGGUUUCCACCACUGAAGAUAUAAUAGAGGGGCUGGGACAUGCGGAGAGGGCAUGCAAUGACCUCUCAAGAAAACCACUGGUAAAUGUUUUCAGAGACAUCAAAGAGAGGCUACAAUCAUUUCAGAGAUCAUUCAGCAUUUACAAGACAAUGCUCCUGAAAGCUGUCAGCAGGGUCUUGCCUGCUAUACGACGAGGAGGGAUGGAGGAGAAGUCACUGGAAGACAUCCUGAAGAUCCACUACAGCUCCCCUUUUAAUGCUGACAACCUUAACCAGUGGUUAGAUCGUGCAAAGUCUGAACUCAACCUCCUGAGUACUCAAACCAAGAUGCUGGAUGGAAUCAAAACUGAAGACUCAAACCAUCUCAAGGCCAUCUUCCUUAAUCCUGUUAUUGAUGUUGUGGUGUGCUUGACCUUCACAUCUCUGAAGUAUGAAGACCAGUAUCUUUCAACCCUGAAGGAGUUUGUGGAAUCUGAUAAGUUUAAAGAGCUAGAUGUGGGAACGAAACCGCAUUCUGGCAUGUUAGCAUCAGAAGAGUGGUUCAACAACACUGAUGUCAUCUCAAAGAUGAGAGAGAACUUAUCUCUUUUCAAAAGUUUUUCAGAGGCUAAUAAAGAUGAAAAGAGAUACCGAUUCUUUAUGUCUGUCAUCUCCGAUCCAUCCAGUCCAGGCUCCUCCAUCUAUCUGUAUGAAAAAGGGAAGCUGACAAACAGACAGUUCCAGCCCGUGUCGAAGCCUCCCCCGCCAGAAGCGAAGGAGGUCCUGGAGCGAAGUGUGUCCCUGAAACUGCAGAAGUCCCCAUCUGGAGAAACUGUGCAGUACAGAGUGGAGUACCAGCAGGUGAAAGCAGCUGAGGAACAGUGGCUUGUCAUAAACACACCCGAUAAAGACUUUAAUCUGACUGAGUUGGAGUUUGGAAAGCAGUACUUGAUCCGCUACAGGAUUGUGGGAAAAGUGGGAGUGAGUGAAGCCAGUGACACUAUCAGCACCAUACUGCCUUUAAACAAAGACUUUGUUCCCAAGACCAGGAACGACUUCCUACAAUAUUCCCUUCGGCUCACUCUGGAUCUGAACACAGUGAGUGGAUGGAUCCGUCUGUUUGAGAGCAACAGACUGAUGGCUUUCAUUCUCAAAAAGCUGCCGUCAUAUCCUGAUCAUCCAGACAGAUUUGAUCAUUGGCCUCAGGUGUUGUGUAGAGAGAGUGUGAGUGAUCGACGCUCUUACUGGGAGGUUGAGUGGAGUGGUGAUAAUGGUGUGUUAAUAUCAGUGUCAUAUAAGAGCAUCUGCAGGAAGGGACGAGAUAGAGAGUGUGUGUUUGGAUUAAAUGAUCUCUCCUGGAUUUUGUACUGCGAUCCUGACAUUUACAGAUUCGGACACAAUAAGAGAAAGAUUAGUCUCCCUGUAAAGCCCAUCAGAAGUAGAACAGGAGUGUUUGUGGAUGAUUAUGAUGUUUCUAAGAACAUAAGCAGUACAACAGGAGUGGUUGUGGAUUACUAUAGAGUAGGAGUGUUUGUGGAUCACAGUGCAGGAACUCUGUCCUUCUACAGCGUCUCUGGAGACACAAUGACCCUCAUCCACACAGUCCAGACCACAUUCACUCAACCGCUCUAUCCUGGGUUUCAUGUUAGUCAUGGAACAAAAGUAAAACUGUGAUGAUGAAUCAGAACAGGCUGAUUCUACCCACAAUGCUUUGAGCUGAUGAUGAAUCAGAUGUUAUAGAGUCUCUUCAUUACAUUAAUACUGUGACACUGAAAUAUCAUGUCAGAAUAAAAGUGUGCAAGACAGA